CCGGAGAGACCCGAGUAUGACGGGAGAAGAGCAGGCUGGCCGGAAGCAGACCCGAGCUCAGCCGGAAGGAGCCGAGUCCGCCCGAAGGGGCCUGAGCGCGGCUGGACGUUGGGCUGGGCUUGGCCCAGCCGGCGCCAUGGCUGCCGAGGGGACAGCUGUGGCCGGAGGCGGGGCUCUUGGCGACCGGCUGGCCAAGGACGGCUUGCAGCAGUCUCAGUGCCCGGACGCGGCCCCGAACCGGCGUCGCGGCUCGUCGCUGUCGCGUGACGCCGAGCGCCGAGCCUACCAGUGCUGCCGGGAGUACUUGGGCGGGGCCUGGCGCCGAGUGCGGCCCGAGGAGCUGAGGGUUGACCCCGUGAGCGGAGGCCUCAGUAACCUGCUGUUCCGCUGCUCGCUGCCGGACUACCUGCCCAGCGUUGGCAAGGAGCCCCGGGAGGUGCUGCUGCGGCUGUACGGGGCCAUUCUGCAGGGCGUGGAUUCCUUGGUCCUUGAAAGUGUGAUGUUCGCCAUCCUGGCAGAGCGGUCGCUGGGGCCCCAGCUCUAUGGAGUCUUUCCAGAGGGCCGGCUGGAACAGUACAUCCCAGUACGAGCCCAGCCCGGCCCUGACCUUCCCGAGGCACUUCCUGCCCCCAACCCCUCUCCCCCUUUCCAGUGUUUGCCCUCAUGUCCCUUACCCCAGAGCCGGCCACUGAAAACCUGUGAGCUUCGAGAGCCGGUGCUGUCAGCAGAAAUCGCCACGAAGAUGGCCCGGUUCCAUGGCAUGGAGAUGCCGUUCACUAAGGAGCCCCACUGGCUGUUUGGGACCAUGGAACGGUACCUAAAGCAGAUCCAGGACCUGCCCCCCACUGGCCUCCCCCAGAUGAACCUGCUGGAGACAUACAGCCUGAAGGAUGAGAUGGGCAACCUCAGGAAAUUGCUAGACUCUACCCCAUCACCAGUGGUCUUCUGUCACAAUGACGUCCAGGAAGGGAACAUCUUGUUGCUCUCAGAGCCAGAAGACACCGACAGACUCAUGCUGGUCGACUUCGAGUACAGUAGUUACAACUACAGGGGCUUUGACAUUGGGAACCAUUUCUGUGAGUGGGUUUAUGAUUAUACUCACGAGGAGUGGCCUUUCUACAAAGCGCAGCCUGCAGACUACCCCACCCGGGGGCAGCAGCUCCGUUUUAUUCGACAUUACCUGGCAGAGGUCAGGAAAGGUGAGACCAUCUCCCAGGAGGAGCAGAGGAAACUGGAAGAAGAUUUGCUGGUAGAGGCUAAUCGAUAUGCUCUGGCAUCCCAUUUCUUUUGGGGUCUCUGGUCUAUCCUCCAGGCGUCUAUGUCCACCAUAGAAUUUGGUUAUUUGGAGUAUGCCCAGUCACGGUUCCAGUUUUACUUCCAGCAGAAAGGACAGCUGAGCAGCUUCCACCUCUCAUCUUGACUCUCCAGUCCCCAACUCCUCAGAUCGCUCCUGGAGCCUCCAGGGCAGGACCUUGGAGGGAGGGGCAAAGAGCAGGAGGCUCUGGGGACUGGGCUGAGCCCUGGAGUGAACCUGGGGUUGAGGAUGCUGACCUCUCCCCACAGCAGGGAGAUGGUAGGAGAGAGCCCCGGGGUUGUGUACCUGAAGACAAUAAACAAGCUUUCUUCUUCA